AUGACAGAACCUAAUAAAACAGAUUUUAACUUUCAAGAAUUUUUCCUAACUGGUUUCCAGAAUAUGUGGGAUAAAACAUCAAAGAUAAAAUUGUGUACAAUCUUCCUUCUUAUUUACAUAAUCACAAUUCUUGGAAAUGGGGUGCUUGUAAUUUUGGUCAAAUUAAACCAAAGUCUGCAUACACCAAUGUAUUAUUUUAUUUGUAAUUUAGCAUUUCUGGACAUAUGCAUUCCUUCUGUUACAGUUCCAAAAAUCGCAUCUUAUUUAUUAUUUGGGGACAGAUCAAUUAAGUUUGGAAUGUGCUUAACUCAGAUGAUGUUUUACAUUGGGCUAUGGACUGCAGAGUCAUUUUCUCUUACAGUUAUGUCAUAUGACAGAUAUCAAGCUAUAUGUAAUCCUCUCAUGUAUCCUUUAGUUAUGAGCAAUAAGAAAUCCAUCAGACUGUCUGUUUGUUGCUGGAUAGGAGGCAUGACUACAGGAAUUAUUGUUCUUCUUUUUGUCCUUACUAUCCCAAUGUGUAGUGCCAAUAAAUUAAACCACAGCUUUUGCGAUUUCUUUGUUUUAGUUCAGCUGGCAUGUACUGAUGCAGAAUUAAGUGCUGCUGCAGGUUUCAUUGGAACAUCAUGUUUAAGUCUCUCUUUAUUCUUCAUUAUGUUAUCUUAUAUUAAAAUUUUGCUAUCACUGCAAAAAAUGACUUCAUCGAAAGGGCACAAGAAGGCUUUUUCAACCUGUGCAACUCAUUUACUGGUUGUUAUCAUGUUCUACUUGCUAACUCUCUUUGCUAUGAUAUGUAAUAAAACACCUGCAUGUUCAGGUGAUACCUGGAUUAUGGCAGCUACACUGCAAACUAUGUUGCCACCGAUGAUUAAUCCAUUCAUUUACUCAUUCAGAACAAAGGAAAUUCAAGACUGUGUGCGAGAGAUCCAUCAGAGCUGGAUCUAA